GAUGGAGUGACUUCUGUUCCCAUUAAUUUCGGUGGUCCAUACAUUUUACGAAAUUAAAAAAAUCUCAUUUUUGGUAGUUAAGCAGUGUGAAACACAUCAUCUGAAGCUCAUGGAAAAAAGACGAGGAGAGUGGAUCUGCUGGGUUCUUGAGGGGUAAUCGUUAAUUGAAGAAAUAAGACGCCUCAGUUCAGAGUGCACAUGCUGAAGACACGAAGACCCACUCGUUCAGAGAGCUCAUCGACGCCAUGAGACCCUGGACAAAUAAAACCAUCUUUUUUGGAGUUCUUGGACUGAUAUUUAUGUUCAUCGGAGGUUUAUUUUGUAUCUACUGGCCCGUGAUAUUAGACGCUGUAUUGCACAAGGAACUGGUUUUGUCACCCACUUCAAAAAGCUAUGACAUUUGGAAGGACUCCAGAAACUUACCAGUGAAUUUGAACUUUUACUUCUUCAAUUGGACCAAUCCGGAAGAGAUUACAGUGCCAGGGAAGAAACCAAAUUUCGUGCAGCUAGGACCCUACAGUUUUAUUGAAAUCAGAGAAAAGGUAAAUGUUACCUUCCACCCUGAAAAUGGAACAGUUAGUUAUUUCCAACGAAAGUUCUGGCAUUUUGAUAAAACGAAAAGCAAUGGGAGUUUGGACGAUAAUGUCACGCAGAUCAAUGUCGUAGCAAUUACGGCAGUUCGCAAAGUAUUGCAACUAGCUCCUGUGUUUCAAGCCAGCAUAUCGCAUGUAAUGGAUCACUUUAGAAUGAACAUAAAUAUCACAAAGACCGUCAGCGAGUUAAUUUUUGAAGGCUAUGUAGAUGAACUUAUUCGUUUGAAAAGUGUAGUCUCGCUUCCAGAUGAUGAUUCUCCACCUUUCGAUCGUUUUGGCUGGUUUUACAUGAGAAACGCAUCGACACAGUUUGAUGGUCAUAUGAAUAUGGAAACGGGAAGAAAUGACAUUUCCAAAUUAGGAGUUGCAAGAUUAUGGAAUUAUAAAGACACUAUGAAGUAUUACAAAACUCCGUGCAACUCCGUUGAAGGAAGUGCUGGGGAAUUUUGGCCACCACUAAGAAAAUUCGGUGACUUUUCAUCACCUUAUCGUAAAGAUGAUAUUAGUUUAUUCAGUGCAGAUUUAUGCAGACCUUUGACGUACGAGUUCAUGCGGGAAGUCACACAUAAAGGUAUCACCGGUUACCAAUUUGCGCUGGAUCGCAAAUCUCUUGGUAACGACACUAAAAAACGUUACCCCCACGAACAGGCCAAGUACUUUGAGCCAACUACAACUACGGAGGAUUUUUUCUCAGCCGAGCCUACUUCUCAAGCAUUCAAAGUUGAGGAAGAUCCAGAUGUGGUGAACAUUGGUCAGUGCUAUUGCAAUGGAGAAUGUAGCCCUAUGGGUGUCAUGAACGUCACCGCCUGUCGUUAUGGUGCACCAGCAUUUGUCAGUUUACCUCAUUUUUACAAAGCUGACCCCGUUCUAAGGGAUCAAAUCACGGGAAUGAAUCCUAAAGAGAAGGACCAUAGUUUUUAUAUCACGUUAGAACCCACUUCAGGUAUUCCCUUAGAUGUCUCUGCGAGGUUACAAAUCAAUAUAUUGAUGCAGCCAUCAAAAUUGGUAUCGUUCAUGAAGGAACUUCCCACGAUAUACUUUCCAGUAUUUUGGUUCAGUUUGAGAGCUGGAGUCCCUGAUGAAAUGAUUGGAUCGAUGAAGAUGUUAGUAAUGACUCCUAGUAUAAUGUACUACAGCAGUAUUGGAAUGCUCUUAAUCGGAGUUUCACUCAUUUUGGCCACUGCAAUCAUGUGUUACUGUUCUCAAGGCAGAAUGAGUUUAUCGACGCCAGCGUCCAGAAUAUCAGUUACGUAUCCCAGCAGAAAAACGGAAUUGGUGUAUAUGGAUAGAACUGACAAUGAUGAUCCACAAGUCAAGAGUGAUCGACGUUUAUAUCCAAAAUUAUAGUUCUAGAGCUAGAAAAUGGAAACUAUUUUCCGAUAACUCACUUCCAGUUAAAUAAGCUUAAGCCUGUGCGAGUAAGUGAUAAUCUUGCAACUGUUUCGCAAGGAAAAUCGUUAUUAUAAAUCACGAUAUGUACAAUUGUACAUGUAUGUAUAUAUUUUUCUUGUUUGCU